AUGGCGGGGCUGGGGCCGGGGAAGGGGCCGGGCGGCGCGGCUGAGCCGCGGCCGCUGCUGGUGAAAAUCGUGAUGGCCGGAGAGUCCUGCGUGGGGAAGACCUCCAUCGUGCGCAGGUACACGGAGCCCGGCUCGCCUCCCGCCGGCUCUCCCGCCACUUCGUACAUGGCCACGAUCGGCAUUGAUUUUAAAGUGAAGCCAGUAAUGUUUAAUGAUACAAGAGUGAAACUUCAAAUAUGGGAUACUGCUGGCCAGGAACGGUUCCAUACACUUAGUACCAGCUAUUUCCGUGGUGCACAAGGCUUUGUUCUCGUGUAUGACAUCACAAAUCUCAAGAGUUUUCAAAGUAUAACAAUCUGGAUGAACGACAUAUAUGAGAAAGCAGGUGAUGAAGUGGACGUAAUACUGUUGGGCAACAAGUGUGAUAAGGAGUCAGAACGGGUAGUUCCAAAACAGAAAGGAGAAAAGCUUGCAUGGGAAUAUGGAAUGCCAUUUUUUGAGACCAGUGCUAAAGAAAAUGUGAACAUUGAGCACGCAUUCUCAGUCUUGACUAAGGAAAUCCUGGAAAAGAAAACCUGUGUAUUGCAUGACUUAGAUGUUGUGUCUCUAAAUGAAACUAAGAAGAGAACCUGCUGUGCAUUCUGAAAUACCGUUUCUUAUUCCAUUUUCUCUUCAGGAAAUAUCAAGUGUUACAAAGGAACACACAAGAUUUUAAAAGUGAGCCUGUAAUCCAAAAACACAGUGUUUAGGCAUCCUUUUUAUUGCACAGACUUUGUUGCCAAAUUUUUUUAUAUGUUUAUAUUAUAUUUUUGUAUUUUUAAUGUGAAGAUAAAACAGUUAUUUGAUUUUGGAAUUAUUAGAUGCAUCACAGGGUGACAGUGCUUGAGUGCAAAUGUUUGCAGAAAUGAAGUCUAAGUGUACUAAUUUCUGUUAUUAAAAAACACCCUUCGCUUUUUUUGUGUAUGUUAUUUAUACCAGAUUUGUAAUAAAAUGAACAUUGACAUCAUCACACAAGCAACCUUCUGAUAUAUGAAAUCAUAUAACAUCUGUAUAAGUACCUGAUGCUUACUGCAAUCCCGUUAAGACAAGUCUCAGAGAAUUUUUGGCUAGGUUUCUUCUAUACCUGUUUCAGACACAUAUGGGCUACUUCAAUACUCUUGAAUAGGGACUCUGCAAAGGUGUUGUCUGAGAGAAAGGCAUAAACCUUAUAAAGACUGGUGUCAUAGAAUGGUUUGGUUUGGAAGAGAGCUUGAGGAUCAUCUAGUUCCAACUUCCCUAAUAUGGGCAGGGUAUGUUGCUGGACCUUUCCAGAAUUCAGAAAACAUGGAACAACAGAAUACAUCCAGUAAUAACAAUGUUCCUGUUAUUUAAAUUUCAUAAUUCCUUAAAAUAGUUUAUGCAGGUGUUCGCAGCAUACCUGCAUUUUCAAAUGUUCUUUUUGUCACAAAUUAUCACAAUAAAAGGCUUUCUUCGA